AACGCCGCGCGAAAAUGGAGGACUCGGAAGGCGAAGAAGGGGAGGAGACUGAGGCCGAGUGGCUCUUGCCGGGACCCAGCAGCGGACUCCAGAGAGAUCCUCCUGGGGCCGUAGAAGGAGUCUCGCGUAAAGUCCUAGGAAAUCUUCCUUCCACCGACUGCCGCGGGAUCUAAGGCAGCCUUGGCCCUGUGGACUAGGAGUAGGGCAAUAGCAAGGAAGCUAAGACCGGGCUGGGGUUGGGGGUUAUCAUGGACAAGCCGUGCCAAAAGGAAAUGCUUGGAACCGUAUCAUUGUGCAUCUGGAUUUGGACUGUUUUUAUGCCCAGGUAGAAAUGAUCUGCGAUCCUGAAUUAAGAAGCAAACCUUUAGGUGUGCAGCAGAAAUACCUGGUAGUCACCUGCAAUUAUGAAGCCAGGAAUCUUGGUGUGAAAAAACUCAUGGGUGUGAAAGAAGCGAAAGAAAAGUGUCCGGAUCUGAUACUGGUUAAUGGAGAAGAUCUGACUAAAUACAGGGAAUUCUCUUACAGGGUUACAGAAUUGUUAAAAACAUUUACUCCACUGGUAGAAAGACUGGGAUUUGAUGAAAAUUUUGUGGACAUCACUGAACUGGUCGAAAGGAGACUGACAGAGUGGAAAAAAGCAAGCCUUCCUAACAUCUCUGUUUCUGGUCAUGUAUAUAAUAAUCAGACUGUUGAUUUCCAUGACCCGAUGCACAGGAGCCUAGCUAUGGGAUCUCAAAUUGCAGAGGAGAUGAGAGGUGCCAUGUGCAGCAGGCUUGGGCUCACGGGCUGCGCAGGAGUGGCCACCAAUAAAGUCCUCUCCAAGCUGGUCUCUGGGACCUUUAAACCAAAUCAGCAGACAAUUCUUCUGCCUGAGAACCGGCAGAACCUGAUGGCCAGCCUCAGUCACCUAAGGAAAAUACCAGGGAUUGGCUUUAAAACAGCAAAGCGCCUCCUGAAUCUUGGGCUCUGCACUGUGCAAGAUCUCCAAGACUGUUCAGUUGAGAUUCUGGAAAAAGAACUGGGAAUUCCAGCUGCACAUCUCAUCCAAAAGCUCAGUUGGGGAGAAGACCAUUCUCCAGUCAUCCCAUCAGGAGCUCCUCAGUCUCUCAGUGAUGAGGACUCCUUUAAAAAGUGCUCUUCUGAACCAGAAGUUAAGAAGAAAAUUGAAGAAUUGCUCACUAAUCUUCUAGACAGGUUGUACAAAGAUGGCAGAAAGCCCCAUACCAUCAGAUUAACCAUCCGCCAGUAUUCUGCUACCAAUAAAUGGUUUAAUCGGGAGAGCCGUCAAUGUCCAGUUCCAUCUCACUUGGUCAAGAGGAUCGGUUCAGAGGACACCAGUGUAAAAGCUGACCUCGUUUCCAUUCUUAUGAAACUGUUUCGAAAGAUGAUCAAUGUUGAGGUCCCAUUUCAUCUGACUUUACUGAACAUUUGCUUUUCCAAUCUUAAGGACCCACCAGCUUCGUCCAAGGAGUCUAUUCAAUUUUAUUUGAGUCAGUCAUCACCUUCUUUAAGCUCCAACAAAGUUCUUCACACAACAGAAGACAGAAACUCAGAAAACACAAGGAUGGAACGUCAAGGGGAAGACAGUGAUGUUUUAUCAGAAGAGAGAAACACAAGAUGUGUCCAAUCUCAGCUCCACACUCCUUGUCUGCCAAAAGCAAGUGAUCUUCAAUGCCCAAGUCCACUACUUCCUGCUGGAAUAGAUUAUGAUGUGUUCAACCAGCUUCCAAGUGACAUUAAGGAGGAAAUAUUCUCUAGUCAAAAGGUUAGAGAUUCCACAGAGACUUUGUGGAGCCAAAGAAGAUCUGAACUGGGGGAAAAAUCACCAUGCCAUCCAAAAAUGAAAAUAAGCUCUAUUUCCCUACAUUCUGGAGACCUUGGUCAAAGUACUAGAACUCUGGCAUUUUCUGGCAUUGCACCCACAAACGAAGAACCACCAGUGGAAAGGCAAAAUCCCCAUGGAGAAGGUUCUUCCCAAAAUCAUUCAAGCCAAGGAUCAAAAGUGGCCCUUCCUCCUUCUGUGGAUCCCAAAACUUUUUCUGAGCUGCCUGCAGAGAUGCAGAAAGAACUGCUAACCGAAUGGAAGAGUCAAAAGGGUGCUUCCAAAAUGCAUGCCAGCAAAGUUGUGACACUUAAAGGAACCAAGAAAGGACAGGCGUCCUCUCCAGGGUCAAAUAGUUUACUACGCUAUUUCAAACCAAGAUGACUACAAUUUGGUGGAGAGACUAAGCUUAUGUAUCUGGAGAUAAAACCUUUCUUCAAGCAAAGGUGUGUUUAGGGCUGGGAAAUUUGACAACCGUCACUGCAAAUAUAUUGUAAACGUAUCAAGGUGGGAAAGCAAAGUCCACAUGUCUACAUAUUUGCAAAUAAAACAGACCUCCUGUACAAUUUUGACACUUACAUUCCUGAGCAUGAAAAUGGUUUACCAUAGAAUAAAUGUCCCUUAAAAUUUGAAGAAUGGGUAGAGGUAAACAAGAUGUUGAAAUACAAAGCAGUCGCGGUAAUUUGUCUCCAUUUCCUUAGUUAUAGAUGCUAGAGGCUAGGGCACCAUCCUGGUCUAC